GGUAUCGCACUCAGCGCUUAGUAAGUGUGAGCCCCACCAACUGAAUAUUCAGCGAUGUGAUCCCUUUUGACCAAGGGUCACAGACCUGAUUGGCCGGAUUUCAAUAUUCCCGCCGGAGUCCGCCGUAUUCCGCACAGAAGCACUUGGAGCAGCGACACGUGCGCAUUGACAGGCGACAUCGAAACGAACUCGGGAGCCCUAAAACCAUACCACCAUGUCUAUAGCGGAAGCAUUUCAGGAUCAGGAAAUAUUCGUGACGGGCGCCUCCGGCUUCGUGGGCAAGGCUCUGAUCGAGAAGCUGCUGCGCUCGUGUCCAAAAGUGGGCCGCAUCUACGUGCUGAUGCGGCCCAAAAAGGGCCAAACCAUUGAGGAGCGCCUGCAGCUGCAGUGGGAAACGAGGCUGUAUGAGCGGCUGCGAAGUGAGCAGCCCGAUGCCCGCUCCAAACUGGUGGCCAUAGCCGGGGAUGUGGAGCAGCUGGGUCUGGGCAUUGGCAGCGCGGAUCUGGAGCGGUUGCGCAAUGUCAACAUUGUCUACCAUUCGGCGGCCAGUGUGCGCUUUGAUGAUGCCCUGAGCACGGCCAUACUAAUGAACACCCGUGGCACCCACGAGCUGAUCAAGUUGGCCUUGCAGUGGCCCAAACUGCAGGCCUUUGUCCACGUGUCCACCACCUACUCGAAUCCGAGUGUUCUGGAGGUGGAGGAGCGCGUCUAUCCGCCGCUGGCCGACUGGCGGACCACCAUCAAAUUGGCGGAGACCUACGACGCGGAGAUCCUGGACAUCUUCAAUCUCAAGUACGGUAACUUUCAGCCGAACACGUACACCUUCACCAAAAGUUUGGCCGAGCAGGUGGUCAAUGAGUACAGGGAUAGGCUGCCCAUCUUCAUCUUCCGGCCAUCGAUAGUGGUAUCCACCAUUGAGGAGCCCAUGCCCGGAUGGGCGGACAACUUCAAUGGACCCACCGGACUCCUGGUGGCCUGCGGCGUGGGCAUACUGCGAUCCCAGAACUGUGAUCCCAAUAUUGUGGCCGAUUUUGUGCCCGCCGAUGUUGUGGCCUGCACACUGAUCACGUCGGUGUACAAGUUCAUGAGUGAAUCGAAAUCGCGGAGCAAGGACAGCGAACUGUAUGUGGUCAACUGUGCCACGGCGAAUAUAUCACCGAUCACCAUGGGCGAGGUGAUCGAGAUCGGUAAGACGUUCAUCCGCGAGAAUCCCUUCGAGAAGACACUCUGGCUGCCCGGCGGCAGUAUGACCACUUGUCCGGUUCUUCACUUUGUGCGGUUCUGCACCAUGCACCUGCUCAUGGCUGUUGUGGUGGACACUUUGCUGCGUCUGUAUAAUGAGAAGCCCUUCCUGAUGAAGCUGCAACGCCGCAUUUUCGCCGCCUUCAGUGCCCUGCAAGUGUUUGCGAUGACCGAGUGGCACUUUCAGAACAACAAUUUCCGGGCACUGCACGAUGUCGUUCCGGCCAACGAGCUCUCCACCUUUGGCUUCAUGCAGCACGCCAAUAUCAACUACACGAAGUUCUUCCAGCACGGAAUUCGCGGCGCCAAGGAGUUCCUCCUGAAUGAGAGUCCCGACAGCAGCAGUGCCGCCCGAUUCCGCAUGAAGAUCUUCUACGUGCUGGACUUUCUGUGCCGUGGCAUCGUCUAUGCCUUUCUGCUGCGCCUGAUAUUCCGGUUUCUAGUGAGACUGUGGUAGCGACUCUACGAAGCAAGCUAUAGCACUGUGGUGCCAAGCAUCAAAUAUACUCCGGCAUUGGUUAAUUCUGUUUAUUGCAUUUAAUUGUUACGCAUUCACUGGCAUUUGUAGUUGCAUUAAAAUCAGAAUUUUA